GUUUGCGUACGGAACCGCCGGAAGUGGUCCGUCUAGGAAUGACUUCCUCCAUAUAGCCAAUUCUUUUUUCUUUUUUUUUUUGUAAUUCUGAUACAGCUUCUUGCCGAACAUCCAACGACAACGAGUCUGUUUCGUGUUCCAGAAACAGGGUGGUUGUUGUUCCCAAAACAACGUUGACAUUUGUUGACGGUUGGCGCGACCUCAAUACCGCCAAACUAACAUCAUCAGGAUGGCGGAGGCGCCAGGUACUUCUAACGAGACGAUAACGGAGACCAUUCAAGUAGAAACACCGCCACCGCCCCAGCAGGAGGGACGUAGCCUGACCAUUAAGCUGAGGAAGAGAAAGACUGACAAGAAGGUGGAGUGGUCCAGCGACACAGUGGACAACGAGCAUAUGGGAAGGAGGUCCUCCAAGUGUUGCUGCGUCUACGAGAAACCCAAACAGUUCGGAGAGUCCUCCUCUGAAAGCGAGGGAGAUGACGAAGGCUGUGGAAGUGCACACUGCAUUCUAGGACAUGGGAAAGACAUGCAUGGACACAGUGGAGGGGGUGGGGGGAACUCUGGAGGAUCACAUGCCCAUUAAUGAUUAAGAGUGGAGACUGGGGGUUACGACACAUACUGCUACACACACAGUCUCAUUUAAUUCAGUCACUUCAGUACUGGGUGGAAAAGGGAUAGAUAAAGAUUAGAAGAGACAGAACAAAGGAAAGAAGACAACAUAUACACAACCUGUUUGAUAAGAAAACGGGGUGCUGUUGAGAGUUUAUUGUAUAUAUAUUACAAUCAUUUUUCUUUUUUAUAAAGAGUACUUUUCCUUA